AUGACGGCCCCUACUACGGCCCCCUCCGAGGACAACCUCAAGGCCGCGCUGCUCGCGCUCAAGGCCGACAACCCCACGCUCGGCGUGCCCAAGAUCCACGGCCUGCUCACCUCCGCACACCCGGAGUGGACGGUGAGCGAAAAGCGGACCCGGAAGGUGCUGCAGUCCGCCGGGCUCGUCCAGACGUCCGCGGCGAGCGGCGCCGCCCCAGGCCAGGUCUUCCCCACCUCCCGCCUGAUCGACGGGCUCGACGUCGCGCGGUGGACGUCCAAGGUAGAGGUGCACUUUUUCGGCAAGGCGAAGGGCAAGGGCCUCGUCGCGCGCGAGGCGAUCCCAGAGGGCGAGGUGAUCUGGAAGGAGGACCCGUUCGUCCUCGCCCCGGAGUGGGAGAUCUACGACAUGCAGAUGUCCUCGCGCGCGUGCGGCCACUGCUCGACGCUGCUCACCGCCUCCGCCCUCGUCGUCCCCUGCGCCGCCUCGAGCUCGAGCACGCCCUGCCCCGUCCGCUUCUGCUCGCGCCUGUGCCUCCAGCGCGCCGGCCGCGCGCACCCGCCGCUCUGCGCGUCCCGCAACCCCGCGAGCGCGCCGCUGCUGCACUUCGCGCGGCGCAACCAGUGGAUGGCGCUCCACGCGCUCGCGCAGGCCACCGCGCGCGCGCUCGCCGCGCACGAGGCCGACGCGCAGGCGUUCGCGGAGGACUGGGAGGCCGUGCGCGCGAUGGCGCAGCUCGGGAUGGAGGAGCGCGCCAAGGGCGGGUGGCUGAGCGCGGAGCCGGACCGCGCGAUGUGGAAGCGGGCGCACAAGCUGUACGUCCAGGCGUUCCGGGAGCCGGCCACGGACGCGGAGAAGAAGCGGCUCGCGAAGCUGUUUAAGAAGCCGCUCCCGCAGGACGUCGUCGAGACGCUGUUCGAGUACGAGGCGUUCCUGCAGGGGCUCGGGCGGAUGAGUCUCAAUCUGGAGGCACACGGCGGGCUGUACGUUCUGCACUCGCACCUCAACCACAGCUGCAAUCCGAAUGUCUCUGUGCGGCACCUCGAUCAGCGCACAGCUCUCUCGCGGAUCACGCUCAUCGCCCGGCGGCCCAUUACGCCCGGGGAGGAGCUCUUGAUCACGUACGUCAACCCCGACAUGCCGCUCGAGCCGCGCCGGCGGAACCUGCUCGAGUGGGGCUUCGGCAAGUGCAUGUGCGAGCGGUGCAUCGUGGAGGAGCGCGAGAAGAAGGAGCGCGGUGAGGUCGAGGGUGAGAAUGGGGAGGCUGCAAAGGAGAACGCCGACCUCGAGGCGGAGUUGAAGGCGGGGCUGGGUGUGAUGUGA